AAUGAAACGAGGAAGGAAAAUUAAUGAGACUAACAACAGUUCAUCUGAAGAGGCAGCUGAGAAAGAGUCCAAGAGACACAAGAUUACAGAUGAGAAAAAUGUAAUUGUGCGGAGUCCUGACUGGGCUAACCUGCUUCAAGAUGUUAUCCUGCAGGUAUUUCAGUACUUGCCCCUUCUGGAUCGUGCUCAUGCAUCACAGGUCUGCCGGAACUGGAACCAAGUGUUUCAUAUGCCUGAUCUCUGGAGGUGUUUUGAAUUUGAACUGAAUCAACCAGCUACAUCUUACUUGAGGGCUACACAUCCUGAACUAAUCAAACAAAUAAUUAAGAGGCAUUCCAAUCAUCUGCAGUAUGUAAGCUUCAAGGUGGACAGCAGCAAGGAAUCUGCAGAAGCAGCUUGUGAUAUUUUAUCACAGCUCGUGAAUUGCUCUCUGAAAACACUUGGGCUAAUUUCAACUGCCCGGCCAAGCUUCAUGGAUUUACCAAAGUCUCACUUUAUUUCUGCACUGACAGUGGUGUUUGUAAACUCCAAAUCCCUGUCUUCAUUGAAGAUCGAUGAUACACCAGUAGAUGAUCCGUCUCUCAAAGUACUAGUGGCUAACAACAGUGACACACUCAAACUGUUAAAAAUGAGCAGUUGUCCUCAUGUUUCUCCAGCUGGUAUCCUUUGUGUGGCUGACCAGUGUCACGGUUUACGUGAGUUGGCGCUAAACUACCAUCUGCUAAGUGAUGAGCUUCUGCUUGCGUUGUCUUCUGAAAAACAUGUCAGACUAGAACACUUGCGUAUUGAUGUCGUCAGUGAAAAUCCUGGACAGACUCAGUUCCACACAAUUCAAAAAAGCAGCUGGGACGCUUUCAUCAAGCAUUCUCCUAAAGUAAACUUAGUAAUGUACUUUUUCUUGUACGAAGAAGAGUUUGACCCAUUCUUUCGUUAUGAAAUACCUGUCACUCACCUUUACUUUGGAAGAUCGGUAAGCAAAGAUGUACUUGGCCGUGUUGGGAUGACGUGUCCUCGUUUAGUUGAACUCGUUGUAUGCGCCAAUGGAUUACGGCCACUGGAUGAGGAGCUGAUUCGUAUUGCAGAACGUUGCAAGUAUCUGUCAGCUGUUGGCCUAGGCGAGUGUGAAGUCUCUUGCAGUGCCUUUGUUGAGUUUGUCAAGAUGUGUGGUGGUCGUCUCUCUCAGCUUUCUAUUAUGGAGGAAGUCUUGAUUCCUGACCAGAAAUAUAGCUUAGAGCAGAUUCAUUGGGAAGUUUCAAAGCAUCUUGGUAGAGUCUGGUUCCCAGACAUGAUGCCCACGUGGUAAAGUUCUUAAAAGACUUCAGGGCAGAUGGAAUAGCACCUUAAACCCAAGCCUACCAUAUUGCAAUUUAUUAUAUGAGCUUACUUAAUACUAUAGUUUUUAUUGUAAGUCACUGCAUUGUUUGAUAGAAAAUUAAUUUCUCACUUAAAAAUUACUUCUGAAAUCCAGAUUUAAAGAUAGAAAUUGUACAUAGGUCCAAAACCCUUUUUUAUCUAAGGGAAGUGUUUUCUGUUUAGAUUUACUCUUUUCAUGGACAGUGACCACAAACUUCUAUAGAAAUAAAAAAAAAAAAAAUUACAAUAUU